AUGUUUCUAUCUUUUACUCUCAGCCGUCGUCUUCAAGCCGUGGAACUCUUACUAUCUCGGGGCAGCGAGAUAAACGGGAAGAGCAAUUUCGGCAGUACUCCUCUCCAUUUUGCUGCAAGCUUAUCUCCGGAAUGGACAGAUGAUGUGAAAGAAUUCAUGAAACACAGCGCUCUUGAGGUGAAUCCUCGAAAUAAAGAUGGUCAAACACCGCUGCACUUGGCCUGUUCGCGGGGACACUUUCACACUGUCGACAUGUUGUUGGGUCACAAUGGCAUCGAUGUCAAUGUGGUGGACAAAAAUGGAGACACACCACUGCAUGAGGCAGUUCAGCGGCGAAACUAUGAAUUGGUGUCUCUAUUGCUGAACCAGGAUUCUGUUCAGCUUGACAUCAAGAACCAUCGGGAAAUGACACCAUUGCUUUUAUCUGUCUCUGAGGGCCACCUCGGAAUGGUGCACAAGUUGAUAGCAAAAGGUGCAGACGUAAAUGAUGUCAACAAUGAAGGCAACAAUUGUCUGCACCUGGCUGUGAAGAUGGAGGGGUUUCAUUCCGAGGUUGAACCUUUAAAUAUUUUAGAUAAGUUUGUGACAUUUGUGAUUGGCAAGCAGAAAGAAGACAUUAGUAGUCAAUUCGAUAUAAAAUGUCGCUGCUGUCAUGAGAACUUGGCCACCGUGAGACUGCAACCAUGUGGAGAUCUUGUUCUCUGCGAGAAUUGUUCUUCUGAAAUGACAUUUAAGAGAUGCCCCGUGUGUCGAGAAUACACCCUCAGCAAAAGUGAAUUUGUAUUGAACGGUGAACAUCUGUUUACAUUUUAA